AUGAACUCUGUAUUCUUCACCGUACUCGCCACGAUUGCUGGGGCAAAUGCUGUAUCAUUACGAGAUAUACUAUCGAAUCAUCAGAUAGUGACACUUCUCGCUGCGAACUCUGUUGUCGAAGCAACACUCGGCUUAAAAGGGAACGGGAUUAACAAGAAAGUUUUGUCAACUGCAGCUCUUAUAAUCAAAAGCGAUAUGAUUGCGGCUGGUUGUUACGAUGAUGAGUCUUUGCAUUUUGCAUCGUGUUUCGCGACCGUCUGUCUUGGCACAUUCCUGCAUCUGUUCAACUCAGAGAUUCAUAUAUCGAAUGCCCACUUAUCGUUCGACGAUGCAGUAAAUAGUACCGAAAAGGUUGCGACCGGAAAGAAGCAAUCUCAGAACAGAGUCAAUAUUUUGGGAAUGCAGAAGGUCGUUUACACUGCCGACGAUUGCUUAAAUACAGAGGACAACCAAACUACCCAAUAAUCAUUGGAUUGUAC